GAUGCUUUGGCUUCUCACCCACAGCAACGCGCACACCGAUAGAGGGCGACGGACAAUUCUACUCGUGGACAAUCUCAGUUUAUUAUGGCUCUGCUAUCAGAGGAGAUGGACAGCGAUCUACUCCGUCUGUGGAGUUUAAUGAAUGAACUCUCAGAGCAGCUGAAUACCAACCGUGCUAUUGCGGCCACUUUGCAGCAGCAGGCUGCUCAAGCGAAGGGUCAGGCUUUGCAUACUGGUACAGGAUUCGUCCUUAGAAGAUUUAAUACCGAUUUAGCGAAAGAGGUCUUUGAAUCCGAACUGGAACGAAUGAAUGCAAGCUUGAUUAUCGAGAAUCAACAAUUACUGCACGAGAAUAAACAAAUCAACUCCCUCCUCAAAGAGUACGAGCAAACACUGGAAACUGUGAUGGCGAAGUUCAGAGCGCAAGCACAUGCCACACAGCGGCACGAGCUGACCCUCACUCGCCACUAUGAAUCGUUGCUUCAAGCUCGAGAAAACAACUCGUUGAAUCAGGACCUCGGUCUCUCGGUAUCCACAUUCGAGUCACUGACAAAAAUAUCAGAUCUACUCCGGAGAGCGUUAAGAUCUCUUAGUGGCGAAGAUCCAGACGCUGACGUUUCGCGAGAGGCGGAUAGAGUAGAUGGUUUGCAGUCUCCCGAGCACCUCAGCCUCUUCCACGAGGAGGUGAUGAGAGAGUGGGACAAAGCAGCGUCGUCGAAGUUGUCAUCUGGCUCAAUAAGGCGCGGACUAUUAUCAAAUAAUCGUGCGAGGGGUGGUAUAGGACGGGGAGCAUUCGCGCCCCACACGGCUUGGCUGUCUCCCGAUCCUCCGACGCAGAGGAAGGGCCCGAAUUAUUUCAAAGAGUUUCCUACAGCAUGAUACUCUGCACCCAUUCAGCUUGUGUGUGCAGGAACGGUCUGGCUUCACCCAAUUCACAUCAUUAAUAAUUAAUCGUACAAAGCAGUGAGUAAAGUUGGGACUAGGUCUAAGCCAGGCCCCGGUUUGCAUUAAUAUAGCCCGUGCCAAAACAUGAUACCAAGAUUUCAGUGCAGUUCUGAUCUUCUGGCUCAGCCGGCACGAUUUUGAAAGUUGUUCCGAAUAUAGCUUUUAUGUCG